CUGGUAUGAACUCUCCUCAGACUCGAAGUCGAAAGUCAGUAGUUUUAGUCCACGAGCGCUGGAGAAAGUCAGUGGGGGUCCCACACUGCGAGCCUACCCUUCUCUAUUCGCCUUGUGGACACCCCUAAAUGAAUAAUAAAAUGUCGCCUUUGGUGUCCCCUCGCUUUUUUUCCGAAAAGGAGGUAUCCAAACAUUGCACCAAGGAUUCGUGCUGGGUGUUGUUAGGGACGCGCGUCUACGAUGUGACGGGGUUCCUCCGGAUGCACCCGGGCGGAGAGGCGCUCAUCCUCCGCCGCUCUGGCAAGGACAUCAGCCGGGAGAUCGAAGGACCCCCACACCGGCACUCGGAGAACGCUCGGAGGUGGAUGGAGCAGUACUACAUUGGUGAACUCGGCAAAAACAGCAUAGAUGAAGAUACGGAGACUCUGAAACGGAGGAAAAGGAUCCCAGAAAGCACCACAGAAGAAGAAGAAGAAGAAAUUCCGGCCGUCAAUAAGUGCAGCAAAGUCGAUGACGAAACGGAUCUGGUAGACUGGAGGAAGCCACUGGCCUGGCAGGUGGGAUACCUUGGAGAGAAAUAUGACACGUGGGUCCAUCAGCCUGUGGACAGACCGAUCAGGCUGUUCGAGAAUGACUUUUUCGAGGCCAACACAAAGACUUACUGGUACAUGGUGCCAAUUGUAUGGAUGCCUUUGGUGAUCUAUCUGAGCUGGUACUGCUAUUCGUUUCUGGCACAAGAGAGGACAAGACUGUUUAUUACAUCAGACUACUCCAUUCUGGUCCACAAGUACAGUUUUCCGUUAAUUUUCAUGCUUGGCAUGUUCCUGUGGUCGUUCAUGGAGUACUGCAUCCAUCGCUUCGUCUUCCACAUGCGCCCACCCGCCCACAAUUAUUACCUUAUCACACUGCACUUCCUGUUGCAUGGUCAGCACCACAAGUCUCCGUUUGACGGCUCUCGUCUGGUGUUUCCUCCGAGUCUGGCCGCCAUCGUCAUUGGUGCUUUUUACCUGACACUCAUGCAGCUGUUCUCUGAGGGUCUGGGAUUGUCCCUGUUCGUCGGGGGUCUGUGUGGAUACGUGGUCUACGACAUGAUCCACUACUACCUGCACUACGGCUCGCCACGGAAGGGCUCCUACUUGUACGGGCUGAAAGCGUACCACGUCAAACACCACUUUGAACACCAAAGGGCAGGUUUUGGGAUCACUACCAGAUUCUGGGACUACCCCUUCAAAACAGUCAUUCCUGAGCAGACGUUUUAGAAGACCUUUUUUUUGCCACAAUGACCAAAUCAAAAUCCCCCCCAAACAAACUCCCAUAAGCCACUCUCUUCUGCAUUCUCCCUUUAGCACU